UCCGCGAUAGCUGACAGAUUGCUCAUAUACAGAAAACAUCUCGUUUAUUUACCUGAGAACAUCCUCUUCGAUCUCUAUUAUCAGGUUAACAAAUCGACCCAAAAAGAGAAGCCUCUUUUUUCUUCCUUUUCUUUUUUCUUUUUUUUUUUUUUUUUUUUUUUUCUAUUCCUUCGCGAUACCUUUUACAUUUAACAUAAAGACAUAUAACAUACGCGCGCACACAUACACACACACACACACACCACCACCACCACCACCACCAACACCACACCACACUUCACUUAUAGAGAUAUUUUUAAUCCCAAAGAAGCAAUUAAAAUAGUUAUUCAUCUUUCUAAAAUCAAAUGAAAAAAAUCUUAUCAACAACUUUUUUAUAUCAAGAAAGAAGACUAUGUUUACUAGGAGUGGAAUUUGGAGAAUUGGAAAAAUUUUCCAGAAUGCUCAAUGUCACAAAUCGUCGUGUACAUUUAUUACAGAGUUUUCAGGCUCUUAUGGAUCAUGGGACAAUGGUUGGUAAAGAACUAGCAAUCGGUUAUGAUAUUUGCUGUAUUCGUGCUGAGGAACAUAUUGAAGCUCAUGAUAAAAUAAUAAGCAUAGGUUUGCGCCUUGGUGGAUUUCUUAGUGACGCUGGAUGGUAUACCGAAAGCGAAAGGGUUUUGUUAGCUUGUAAAAAACUAUCUAUUGUGGACGAGCCAACCCUAGAAAAUUUGUGUCGUACAUUAAAAUGUUGUUGCAAAUUGUUACACGCACAAGCAGCAUAUUACACAUUUAAUGGAGCAGCUGAAACGCACGAACUUGCUUUGAAAAUAAUUCAACAACUAAAAUGCGGAGGAUACACGGACAAUAAUUAUGCAGCAUUAUAUGGAGAAUUUAGUGUACUUUUUUUUAUUAGAAGCGAAUAUGAUGAAGCGUAUAAGUGGGGUAUAGAAGCGUUAAAACAAUUAACACCAUCAUUGCCUCCACGAGUCAUAAUUGAUGUUUUAAGACAAGUAGCAAAAUCGUGCGUAACAAAACGAGAAUUUCAAAAAGCUGGUCUAUUAAUUAGACAAGCGGUUUAUCUUGCAAAAGAAAUUUUUGAUACUGAUCAUCCAAAAUACAGUGAUGUUUUAAUAGAUUAUGGAUUUUACUUAUUAAAUUACGAUUGCAUUGUGAAUAGUGUGUCUGUUUAUAAGGCUGCACUAGACAUUAGGAAAGCGAUAUUUGGUAAAACCAAUCUUCACGUUGCAUUGGCACACGAAGAUUUGGCAUAUGCUUUAUAUGUUCGAGAGUAUAAUUCAGGAAAAUUUCAAGAAGCAAGUGACCAUGCUGGUAAAGCCAUAGAUAUAAUGGAAAAAUUGUUUGCUGGAGAUCACAUUAUGUUAGCAAGUGCAAAAAGAGUAAAAGCUUUAAUACUUGAAGAAAUAGCAUUAGAUAAUGCCCCAAUGCCUUUGUCGGAACAGACUUUAUUGCAAAAAUCUGAAUGCCUGCAUUUAUCUGCCUUACAACUUUCUAAAACAACAUUUGGUGAAAUAAAUGUACAAACAGCAAAGCAUUAUGGCAAUUUGGGUCGCUUAUAUCAAAGUAUGAGAAAAUUUGAGGAAGCAGAAGCAAUGCAUUUAAAAUCUAUAAGUAUAAAAGAAGAAUUAUUAGGACCUGAAGAUUAUGAGGUUGGUUUAAGUGUGGGUCAUUUAGCUUCAUUAUAUAAUUUCCACAUGAACCGAUAUAGAGAUGCAGAAAAGCUUUAUUAUCGCAGCAUCGCAAUUAGUUUAAAAUUAUUCGGAAAAAGUUACAGUGGCUUGGAAUAUGACUAUCGUGGACUUCUACAUGUUUAUACAAAAUUAGAUGAACGUGAUAAAGUGUUAAAGUAUACUGACAUUUUUAAUCAGUGGAAAGAACUUCGAGAUAAAUACGCGCAAUCGGAAGAUCAGCCCAUUGAUCUUCAAAAACGACCACAACCAAUUGAAGAAGUAGUUAGUACGUUUUUUUCUAUGUGAUACUAUAUUAAGCCAAUCAUCUAAUGUUGAUUAUUUUCAUUUAUUUUUAUUGUUAGUUUAAUUAUCACUUGUUCAUUUGUUAUUUGUAAGGAUCUUACAUAUGACCUAGAGUUUAUUCAAAUUUUUCUAAUUACUAAUUCGUAUAUAUAUAUAUAUAUAUAUAUAUAUAUAUGAUUAAACACUCUAUCUAUUGAUCCGUGAUCCACUCCUAUUACUACAAUUACACAAAGAAUAAUUUGUUGUUUUUUAAAUGGAUAUAACGGAACAAUAUAUAAACUAGCAGUUUUGUGAACUAUCGAAUGAAAAUUGUACGUAUACUGCGUCCAAUUGAAAUAUCCUUAAAUGUUCGAUUAUCCGUUUUUACACUUUUGCACAUCCUACGGUUAAUAUAAUUAUAACUAUAUUUAUAGGAGUUCCUGUUAUUGAUUUCAAACCAAUAUAUAUAUAUAUAUAUAUUUAGUUAUAAGUGCAAUAAUUUUUUUUUUUCUUAUUACAAUUUGUCAUUUUAGUAUAAUUUGUAUAUAUGUGAGUGUAACAUGUGUUACAAGGUACAUAAAUGCUUUUUUAUGUGCUAUCUUUUACUUACGCAAAAGAUUGAUGUAUUUAUUUUUAAGAAACUAUUUCCCGAAAACAUUGAUAUUUAAUACCGUUUGCACUUAUAGUAAAAAUUAACAAAUUAUAAAUAAUUACAUAGACGGAACACUUACAUAUGGAGUUUUCUUUAAUUUAAAUAGCAAAUUUGUAAGUUCGCUUUUCUCUUGCGUUUUGUUUCUACAAUAUGAAAUGUGAAAUUAUAUAUAUAUAUGUAUAUAUACAUAUAUAUACAAUAAUUUAGAAAAACUUAUGUGACAAUUACAAUUUUUUCAUUUAUAAAUACAAAACUUGGCAACUCUCAAAUUUGAUAAUAGUCAUGAAUGUAAAGAAAACGCAUUAUAUGUAUAUAUGUAUAUAUAAAUAGUUCACAAUUUUAAUAUAUUAUAUUUAAGAAACAAAAGAUAUAUAAGAUGAAAUGAAGUUUUGUCUUAUAUAAAAGCGCGCUACAUAUUUUAUAUUAGGGGUUAAGAGAAAAUAGAGGGCAAUUGUUUAUAUGUUAAAAAGAAUAUUUCA